AUGUCAUUGCCCCAUUAUGCCGUCGAUUGUGAUGCCGUUCUAAAAGAUUCUAUGAGUAAUAAAGACGGGGUAUGGCGUAACGGAAAGCCCGAUUACACGAAAGCGAAAAAAUUAUUCGACGCCCACAAGAGUAAAAGUCAUUCACCCAACUCCCUUGAAUUUAUCAUUCAGAAUAUCGUCAAAAAUUGGGAAAAGGAAGUCAGUCACAAACCGAAUCCAUCCCAAUGGGAAACGGUCGAUUUGGCCAAUUAUAGAUUUUCGUGCAACGGCGGCCAACAGUAUACGGGCUAUGAAGUAGCGAAGCAAGGCACCUACAACGCGUUAAUCGGCGAAACUGCCUAUUACAGUUCGAAAUUAAUCACAUUUGAAGAAUCCCAUUUAGCAUUUAGGAGGGCAUUUGGCGAAGGUUUCGCUUGGGAACUGACUGAACUUUAUUCGGGUCCGCCGACGGUGUCAUUUAAAUGGCGGCACUUCGGCCGUAUGACGGAUUUUUUUUCGUGUUUCAACCAAUCGGGUAAGAUUUACAAGGCAGAUGCAACGCUCAAAAUGAUCGAACUCUAUGGCGUCUGUGUGGCCAAAGUCAAUGAGCACUUGAUGAUCCAGGAUCUUGAGGUAUUCUACGAUCCAAAUCAGUUGUUCACCCAGUUAACAGAAAUGUGUCCUCAUCUCUCAUUUGACAAAAUCAUCAUGCCGUCUUCUCAGCAAGCAGAACCAUUGCUAGACAUGACAACAACAACAAAACUGUGUCCUCAUCUCCCACUCAACAAAAUCAUCGUGCCGUCUUCUCAGCAAGCAGAACCAUUGCUAGACAAGAAAACAACAACAAAAGUGUGUACAAUCAUUUAA